AUCAAGCAGUUAUACAAAAGUUAUUAUUCUCUCCUGUCAAUUUCUUUCUGAGGAAUCAUCGAAUAAAGACAACGGCGACCACUAGCUAGCUAGGUUAGAAUAUAGAUCCAUGGAUCAUGCAAACCAGCGAAGCAAUCGAUUACUUAAGAUGAGAUCCUUACUAAUCAUCACAAUGUGGUCGUCUCUCGCUUGAAUGAGUUAUAACCAACCACAACAGUACUUAAUUCAUAGCUUAUAGUUUUCCUUAUAAAAAGGUGAAGCAAUUAAGUCCAGAGUCAUCCAUCCAUAGCUCAAUCCACUGGGGAAUGCUUGAUUAUAAGCUCGAUCAGCUAGCUGCAAAGCUGUUGGUUACCUGAGCAAGCAGUUGAGAUCGAAAUGCUUUUUUGAUUUCAAAGAAGGUGGUAGUUUAUUGGCAUACAAACAUAUGGGAAGAAAGGGAGUGAUGAAGUUAAUCGGAAAGAUUAAAAAUAUGUGCAAGCGUGAUAGAGGUAUCUGGAGAUCAUAUAACGAGGCUUGCAAGAAUGAUAAGGCUUUCUUAACUGAAUUAGGCAAGUUCCUCGAGUCGUAUGAGAAAUGUAUGACUCAACUUAAGGGGAUGGAAGAAAAAGGCAGAGGAAGUGAUAUCAGCUACAUGAGGAAUAUUUUAGAGGAACUGAAGCAGCAUUCUGCUGCGGAUCAAAGGUUGCUCGAAAAGGUUACACAUUUGAUCAACGAGCGAAAAGUUUUGUAUGAUGAAUUGACAAACCAAAAAGAGAAGCCUGGCAAGAAGUUUGGUUGUGCUCGCGCUUGGAGACGCUGUUUGAGGAUGGUCACUUAUGUUGUGUUCAUUGGUGCUGUGGCUGCUGAAUUUGCUUGCACAGUUAUGGCCGCAGUUCUGGCUGCUCCACUUAUUGCUCUAGCCAUUGCUGCUGUUAUUAUCCCAACACUAGCCGGACAACACUGGACUCUAUCUUGGAUUAAAGAAUCUCCUUUUGAGAAUCAGGACAAUGUGAUUCGCUUCAUGCAACCAGAAAUUAUGCAUCACUUUAAGGAGUUGCAAGACACUGAGAGAGGUAUCAGGGUUGUUUCAAAAAACAUAAACUCACUCUUGGACCUUCUGAACUCUGUAAUUGAGGGAGAAGACGACUUCACUAUGGAAGAGAUCGAGAGUCCACUGAAGAACCUUAAUGAUUUGAAGGAAAGAGCAAGGAAUUGUAAGUCCAUGAUAUUGAAGGCAAGAGAUGAGGUGUCUAAGAAACUGCGAAGAUAAGCAUCAACCAUAUGAUGAAGAGCAGAUGAAAGAGUACUCUGUGUGAGAGAUUAAAGAUUUUAGUGUAAAGAUUAUUUUGUCAAGGCCAAUUACAAAAGAGGCUAGGCCAAAACAUUCGGGCUCCCUUUAGAGCAACUCCACCCGUUGAUUAUUUCUUUAUUUGAGUGGACAUAAUGGGGACUGGGGAGUGCAAUUUCUUUCAGCUGUUUCGGAUUAUAUUGUGCAUAUUGUUUCUGUUUCGUAUUUGUUAGUUGAUUAUUUAUUUGAAUACGGUAUCAAUUUGCCACAAAGAA